UUGAAAUUGCAUUGUCUUCAAAUGCACCCUCAUUAGUCAAAGCACACUCUCUUUAUGCUUUAGCAGAUCUCAUUCGUGGAAAUAACAAAAAUCAGGAAUUCUUGGAGAGGACCGUGGUCACCAUACCAUCUUAUCGAACGAGCUCAAAUUCAUCUGAUCAAUUAACGGGAAAUGGUCGAACCUCAUUGGAACAGAUUCCAGCACUUCCUCCGCGCCCUUCAAUUAUGGCGUUGAUAGCUGUCGCUGUUGGUGCUGAACAUGUAGAGAGCUACACUACUCGGGCUGCAGCUACCUAUGCUUUUGAGUCAUACAUUUACAAUAACUCGAAUGCGCAACUUGUAUUGGCAUCUACGCUGACGCCCCCUCCAGAUGAUAACUUAAAUCCGGCCUCAGCUAAACCUCAAUCUGCGGGGUCUCUGCUACUUUCGGCCCUUUUGGAAUGGGAAGAUUCUGAAGCAGAUCCAUAUGUUGUAUGGUUUGCUUCGGUUAUUUUCUCUCACAUUCUUAUGAACAAUGAAAGAUCCAAAGAGAUGGCUCGGGCCAUAAGUAUUGAUGGAG